AGCCGCGUGAAACAGCGUAAAGGGCCUGAUCACUCUUGCUUAAGUGCACUGAUGUGAAUUAGGACGCUGCCCCUGUGCUCCAGGCUCCUCUCCACUUCUCUGUGCACUGUGUGCGGGAGUGAAGAUGGCCGGGUCUCCCGGAGUCUCUGCGCUGUGUGAGAAUCCCACCGAGGUGUUUCUGGACGUGUCCAAGCUGCUGCUUACUUACGCUGACAACAUCCUCAGGAACCCCAAUGAAGAGAAGUACCGGUCGAUCCGUAUAGGAAACCCGACCUUCUCCACUAAACUCCUUCCUAUUAAGGGAGCGGUCGAGUGCCUGUUCGAGAUGGGCUUUGAAGAGGCUGAGACGCACUUGGUGUUCCCGAGGUCUGCAUCUGUAGAUCAGCUGAGACGUGUUCGUGAGACAAUAGCUGCCGAAAGAGACCAAAGACUAGGAGCGGACCAGCGGGCAUCGAGUUCGAGCACUCCUACCUCCGUGUCGUCUCCUGCUCCGAGUCCCACAGCGGCGUCUGAGCCUCAGCGCCCCAUAGAACCGCCUCUGUCUGUGUUAGGUGGCAGGUCUUUCCUUGGGACGCUGCAAUCAAAUUUUCAGCAUGUGAUGGUGUACGAGAAUGAGGGACUCCAGCAGAAAGCGCUGCGCUGUAUACCGCAUGACGAGCUCUCGUCCAGAGCGAAAGACCGCCUGUGCAAAGCCAGAGAUGCAGACCCGGAGUGUAGUCUUGCUGUGGAGGACAUGCUGGUGCUGGAGCUUUUACAGUGGUUUAAACAGGAUUUCUUCUCCUGGGUGGACAGCCUGCCGUGUAGCCGGUGCGGGGGUAGCACACACUCCUCUGGGUCUCUCCCACCAUCUACAGACGACUUGCGCUGGGAUGCUGGUCGUGUGGAGAACCACUACUGCAACGCCUGCAGCCUCACCACCAGAUUUUCGAGGUACAACAACCCUGAGAAACUGCUGGAGACCAGGAGGGGGCGCUGUGGGGAAUGGGCUAACUGUUUCACUCUGUGCUGCAGAGCACUGGGGCUGGAAGCCAGAUACGUCUGGGACGCAACAGAUCAUGUCUGGACGGAGGUGUACUCUCAGUCCCAACGCCGCUGGCUGCACUGUGACCCCUGUGAAAACACAUGUGAUAAACCUCUGCUCUACGAGAUGGGCUGGGGCAAGAAGCUUUCCUACAUCUUCGCUUUCUCAAAAGAUCAGAUGGUUGAUGUAACGUGGCGCUACUCCUGUAAGCAUCAGGAAGUUCUUUCCAGACGUAAGCAAAUUCAGGAAACAUGGCUGCUACAAAAUAUUAAUGAACUUAAUGCUGUGAGGCAGCAGUCACUGAGCUCUGAGAGGAAGCAGGAGCUGCUGGAGAGGUUGUUAGUAGAGCUGGUAGAGUUCAUUUCUCCUAAGAGUCCAAAGCCUGGUGAGAUGGGAGGACGGAUAUCAGGUUCUCUUGCCUGGAGGGCUGCUCGAGGAGAAACCGGUGGUGCUGCUGCUGCUUCCAAAGUGAAAGACUUUGUGUUUAUUCCUACCGAGUCAGAGAAGCAAGCUAAGACGUUCCACCUGCAAUACAACGUGGUCACAGACUGUUACUGUAGACUACACAACAACCAAGAGAAGAUCCCUGGCUGGGAAAACGGAGUGUGGAAGAAUGAGUCUGUGUUCAAGAAAGAAGAACAAGACUGGAAGAUGGUGUACCUCACUCGAACAGAGGGCUCUUUAUCAGGCAGGCUAUGCUGGAGGAUUGUUUGUGCUCCUGUGGGAAUGACGAUUAAAUCAGUCUCAGUCAGAGCUGUCAGUCAAACCUUCCACUCCGGUGCUGUUCACUGGAGAUUACGCUCUCCGCAAUCCACCUUCGAGUUUCCUGGAGAUGGCGAAAUGCACUCGGCGACAGGCCUCACAGGCUCUGCGGAAGUGGUGGUAGAAGCGGAGCUGAGCGGAGGAGAUGGAGAUGCGGCGUGGCAACACGCCCAACUGUUCAGACAAAGCUUGAAGGACACGGAGACGUCUUCAUUUGAGAUUGUUGUGGAAAUGGAGGACGUGUGAUAAGAGCGCUUCGACAAACAAACAAAAAAGUGUUCCGGGAAGUCUGAGUUAAUGUGAGGACAGACUUGAAGCACAGUCUCACUUUUCCAAUGAUGUUCUUUUCAUUAGAAAAGUCUAAAAAUACUAUUAUUUCUAAAAAAAAAAAAAAAAAAAGGGACAGAAAAGUGCUAUUUAAGGUACUAUAUGUAUCAUUGUGACUCUCUUGUAUCGUUAUAAUUAGGUGAUGCAUCGAUACAACUUUUUUUGAUACAGAUUUUAGAGCGCCUGAUAGCAGGGUUGCAUCUAAUUUUAAUCUUCUUUAGAACAAUUGUAUUUGUAACAAAUGUAAUUAUCCCAUUUCAAAAGCCAAUUAAAACAUUUUCCUCGAGUGUGCUGUAAGAAAUGAUGAGAAAUGUUUAUACUGAUCAUUCAGCAGCACAGCGUUUAAUGAUGAAUACCUCUAGUGUGUUCUGGUGUUAUUGAUUAUUGCUGCAAGAGUUUAUCUCAGUCACUCAAGAAAAAAGAAAAGACCAGACAGCAUUUUGUCUUUAUUUGUCUUUGUGAAAGAAAUGUUGAUUUAUUUACUUUAUUAUUUAGCUGUUUUCAGUAACUUUAUUAAAUGAAUUGUUUGCA